AUGGUGAUUCACUCGCAACCUCUGCGACUUGACGGGCCAGUCGCCUCCUUAGACGGCCGUCAUGACAGCCAGCGAGCCGGCAUCACGCUCUCUGCCUACGCGCCCUCGUCGUACCAAGCAUCGUUGAACUUGCAACCGGUGCAAGGCUUCGGCAAAGGCAGCUCUGCGCCUACUUUCUUGCCCUCACCCCCUUCGUCCGUCGAGCGUCACCUGAGCUCAGACGAGAUCGAGAAGAAACGCAAACGAUUCGAGAAAUUCUCUCAGGGCACUCUGCUCGACUUUGCCAGCUCUCAAGCCGGCCCAUCGAACAAACGGCAGCGGCUCGCGUCUGCUCUCGCUUUGCAAAGCAGACCUGCUACUUCGUCUGCCGCUCUUGCUGAUGACGACGACGCGCUCUCGACUGACGAAGAAGAGGAAGAAGUGCAAUCGCCCACGCACACUGCACAUGAGCGAGCGCGACACUACCCGGGCGAGGCACGGCGACGCAAUGCAGACUGGAUCUCCUUUGUCGACGCGCCUGCGCCUGGCUCUCUGCCUGCUACAGACGAGUGCGAUGAUGACGAACCCUUUGCGGUCGUGAGCAGUACGCAAAAUCGACGCACGAGCCGUUUGUUCGGUGCGGCGCACAGUCGCGCUCAAGCUCAGCUCGGUCAACCUUUCAAGCUCACCAGUGACGAUUUGCGCGUUUCACAGGACAGCUAUACCCAUCGGACUCCGCCUCGCAAUGCCUACACGACGCCGCGAGCAAAGCGACACCAGGUCAAAGCGCCAGAGACACCUAAUCCCUUUCUUGAGAAGCCCGGCGAAUACGUGAGAAUCGGCAAAGGACUCGCUAAUGAUCGUCCUGCUGGGUCAGACAAGAUCAGCUACGUCUUCCGAGGCAAGAAGAUUGACUUUGCCCUGCCUUAUGCUGCGCUGGAGCCCGAAGAGGAAGAUGACCGACCAAUUCCUCGUCUGCUGUUUCCUCGCAAGGCACAACCCGCCAAGCUCCUCUUCGCCUCGCCAUUACAUUCUCCUGCCAAACCAGAAUUUGAUGUCUUUGGCCCUUGCGGACCUGGCGGCAUGCUGCCAACACCCGCAAAGACGCCAAGCCGUCCACGCAUCGUGCAAAAGCCAAAGGCUUCGAUACCCUCUUCGCUCCAGAUGCGAUAG